AUGGCGGCAUUAGGGCAUUCAAAUUCCAAAGAGUUCCCCAAUCUUCCGGAAGAGCCGUGGGACUGGGAAGAAAUCUCCCUCAAUCUCCUCCGCCCUUCCGACAUCUACUCAGGUUUGUUUUGCAUUUCCCUAGCUCAAAGAAAUUCGGGGAGGAAAAGGCACCGGUUAAGGUGGAUGGUAAAGCCAAGGGCAGUCCCACAGUUGAUCCUCAAGCUUCAGGACCCUACUGAGAGGGAAUCGGCUCUUCGAAUGCUCAGUUCCUACCUAUUUGAGAAAAGGGAAGAAGAACCAGAGAAUUACUACAUGGUUGGGUUGCUCUUGUAUUAUUCAUGCGGCACCAUGACUCUCUUGAUACAGGUACAAUCAUUGACUCAGUUUUCUGAACAUUUAAUGGUGUUUUUAAGGAAAGAGGCAGCCAUGCGCCUGAUCAAUGCCAUCAUCCUCUUUCAGUGCAUUGCAGCAAACAAGUUAACUAGGCAGAAGAUUGUCAGCUUCCAAAUGGCCAACUUGUUGGUGCCUCUCGUGAUGCAUCAGUCCCCACUCAAAGUGUAUGACAAUGUACGAGCAGUCGCUCUGUCAGUGAUCGGGAUUAUAUGUCAGGAUAGAGAACUUGAAAUGAUCGACUGGGCUAUCCAAAGCGAUAUCCUGGAAGUAUGCUGGUUGAGCAUAGAGACCGGGAAUGAACUCACCAAAGUGGUCGGGUUGCACAUUCUAGAGUCCAUCCUACAGACAAAUUUUGGGAGAUCUUGGCUUCUUACAGAAAGCAACAGCAGCCAGCAGGAUAAGUUGUUGAAGACAUUGGGAACUCUUGUAAAGAUAAUGGCUGCAUACGGGAGCUGUUUGCCUAGGCUCCUGUUUCAUAUUAUUCGAUGUUACAUCCUUUUAUGCAGGGAAUCAAGGGGGUAUGACAUUGUGAAAGAGGCUGUGGCUAGUCCUCUCCUAGAUGGCACUUUCUCCAAUAUCCUCAAGGCAUGA